UGUAGCGCCGCCGUCGGGAUGAAAGCCUUCUUCGACAUGAUGCACAACGGACCGCACAAGGUGAUACUCUUCGGCGGUGCUUGCACACAAGUCACGGACCCGAUAGCGAAAGCUUCGAAACACUGGCGCCUUACGCAGCUCAGCUACGCGGACACCCAUCCUAUGUUCACGACCAAUAACUUCCCGAAUUUCUUCAGGGUAGUGCCGUCCGAAAACGCCCUGAAUGCGCCAAGAGUGGCGCUGUUAGUGCAUUUUAAUUGGACGCGGGUCGGCACAAUUUAUCAGAACGAGCCUAGAUACUCACUGGUGCACAAUCGUCUGGUGGUCGAUCUGGACGAGAACAAGAUGGAGCUCGUGGAAACGCUGAGCUUCGCUACGGAAGUUAAGACGGCGCUCGAGAAGUUCAAGGAGAAGGACGUGAGGAUCCUGCUGGGUAACUUCAAUGAGGCGUGGGCCAGGCGAAUAUUCUGCGAGGCCUACAGAUUCGGUAUGUACGGCAGGAAGUAUCAGUGGGUCAUCAUCGGGACUUACACCAGGGAGUGGUGGUUGCGUCCGGACGGUGGAUGCGAUCCCGCCGAAUUGUCCGAGGCUCUCCACGGUGUCAUCCUGGCGGAUCUGUUGCCCCUGACGACCGAAGGACAGCACACCACGUCCGGAAUCACCCCGGAUCAGUAUCAGGUCGAGUACGACUCGAGGCGGGGCAACGAGUACUCCAGGUUUCAUGGAUACACGUACGACGGUAUCUGGACGGUCGCCCUGGCUGUGAAGCAUGUCGCGCGCAGGAUACGGCAUAUCCAUCAUAACCAGACUAUAUCCGACUUUCGGUAUAGGGACGUAUUAUGGGAGCGACUCUUCCUCGAUGCCCUCAGGAAUACAAGCUUCGAUGGUGUCACGGGCCCGGUUCGCUUCUACGAUAACGAAAGGAAAGCGUACAUUCUUCUAAAACAAUUUCAAAACGGUAAAGAGGUAAACGUAGGCGAGUACGAUAGCAUAAGCGGCGUUCUGGAUCUGACCAGAGGAGACGCGCCGCUGUGGAACGGGAGACCCCCGCCGAAAGACCGGACGGUUCGCAUCAUCGAGCACUCCACCGUGGACAUCACUCUGUACGCGGUGCUAGCCUCGGCCGCUAGUGUCGGUAUCGUCAUGGCAUCCAUUUUUCUUGCCAUCAAUAUCAGAUACAGAAAUCAAAGAUACAUCAAAAUGUCAUCGCCCCACCUCAACAAUCUCAUCAUUAUCGGUUGUAUGCUGACCUACAGUAGCGUUAUCUUUCUCGGACUAGACUCGCAAUUAUCGAGCGUGGCGGCGUUCCCAUACAUUUGUACGGCCAGAGCGUGGUUGCUGAUGGCCGGUUUCUCGUUGGCCUUUGGCUCCAUGUUCUCGAAAACGUGGCGCGUCCACUCCAUAUUCACCGAUGUGAAGCUCAAUAAGAAGGUGAUAAAAGAUUACCAGUUGUUCAUGGUGGUCGGGAUAUUGUUAGCUGUCGAUCUCACAAUCAUGACGACGUGGCAAAUAGCGGAUCCGUUCUAUCGGGCGAUUAAGCAAAUGGAGCCUUACCAUCAUCCCUCCAGCGACGAUAUAAUAAUCAUCCCGGAGAACGAGUAUUGUCAGAGCAAUCAAAUGAAUAUUUAUCUGUUUUGCAUAUAUAUAUACAAAGGCCUUUUAAUGAUAUUCGGUGCCUUUCUGGCAUGGGAAACGCGUCACGUUAGCAUACCGGCAUUAAAUGACAGUAAAUACGUGGGAAUGAGCGUGUACAACGUUGUUAUAAUGUGCGUCACUGGCGCGGCUAUAAGCUUCGUGCUGACUGACAAACAGGACGCCAUGUUCAUAAUGUUGGCGGUGUUCAUUAUAUUUUGUAGUACAGCCACUCUUUGUCUGGUUUUUAUUCCUAAGGUAAUAGAGUUACGCAGGAAUCCGCAAGGGGCGAUAAAUAAGCGGACAAGGGCGACUCUGAGGCCAAUGCUGAAAAUACGAAGGGACUCGACAGUCAGUGAGCUCGACGAGCGUUUGAAGGAGGCGAAGCUAGCGAAUAAAAAAUUCCGGAAGCAACUGUUGCAAAAGGAUUCCGAGCUUCAGGGAUUUUUAAAAAGAAUGGGCGAAGAAACUGCAAGUGAAACGCAAGAGACGGUCGACACGUUGCCUGUUCCAAAGCCAGAAGAGGCCGUUAAAAGGGAAGGGCCAUCAGUAACUACAGAAACGACUGAUGUUUCAAUGUCCAUAUGCAGCUUGAACUCAUCAACCGUUUCGCAGCCGGAGGGCGAUUACGUCAACGUGGAUCAAGUAACAAAGAAAAGGACAUCUAUCACGAAGGCCACGUCAAUCACAAUCGACAACGAACGAGUGGCUGUGAUGGCGCAGGCGAUCGAGGAGAGCUCUUCCCCGGGCGCCGAGACAACGACGAUGGACGCGUUUCCGCCGCCGCCCCUGCCGUCAACGAUGAUGACAAUAGCGAUGACAACGACGACGAUGACGACGACGACGACGGUGACGGUGCCCACGACGACGCAAUCGCGGCACACCUGCGGCAUGGAGCCGUCGCGGCGUAAAAGCGCCACCGACGAGAGAGCGAGCGAGAUGGCGUUGCUGAUGCGGGACCGGGGUCAGGAACCGCUGCCGAACGACGCCGUGACAACGACGACGACGACGACGACGACGACGACGCGCUACGACUUUGUACCGCCAGUCGUCGAGGAGAGCGACUCCGUGAUCCUGGAGGAGACCGAGAUCGCGAGACACGUGUGCCGCGUAAGGAGACGGAGCAAGGACGAACGCAGGGCGAAGCUGUCGACGCCGCCGCCGACCAAGAACGUCUCCUUUGGCGAGCUUCACGAACAGAACUACAUCGAACAGGUCAUCAUGCCAUUCCCGUUGCAGUACAUGCCAAAUCAUCGACACGAAAAGUACGAGGAGUCGAUGUCAACGAUCAUUCAGCGCUCCAUGUCGGAGCGUUCGCGGGAGAAGUGCCUGCGGCUGCACAUCAGCGGCGGCCACCCCAUAGUCGAGUGCUCACAUCGCGUUGCGCGUCGUAUGUGCCGGCACUCGGGCUCAAAGCUGCGCCAUCAGGCACGGUUGGAAUACGUGCAGAGCACUCCGAAUGUGGCGACGAUGCACAACGGCAAGCACGUCGCGGCGAACCUGCGUGGCGGAACCGGCGAUGUGAACGGUGGUUCCGCGAUGAACGUUUCCAAAAUGUACAGUGCCGUUUCGGAUGGCGAGCUGCUGGAUCUGACGAUCCUGCCGAUCUUUCAAAAGCUCCUCACAGAGCGGCACAAGAGCACUGCCAGACGGGGCUAUCGCUCGAAUAUAGCUAGUUGCCCGAAUAUAUCCAUCAAGUGCGACAUCGUCGAGUACCUUUAGCACGUGUCCAGCCUGAUGCGACACCUGAUGCAUCGCUACUGCGCGGCAAAAACUCGCUCACAUUUUCCCGUCACACUAGACUCACAAUCGGUAGGGUGUGUUAGAUCGGUUGUUUAAGUUAAUUAAGGAUAAAUUAAUUGAUCUCGCGCAAGCGUCUCUCUACGAGAUCGUUUUGCGUCUCACGGAAGGUGAGACGAUUCUUUUCGGACAAAUCAUUGUUAAAUUCAAGGCCAUGUUUGUGCCAUUUCGUUAACUCAUUUAUAAGAAUGAUGACGUGGACACAGACGCGCUGUGGGUUUAAUUAAUUCGCUCUCUCUCGCGUUCUCGCUCGGCAUUUAAUAUUACGGAAAAAAAUUAAAAAAAGAAAAAAGAACGCGUGAAUAAUAGGUACUUUUCAGCAACAAAACACAAUUGCACGCUGUGUGACACACUAAAACGCUGCUCAUAUUUUUUUUUUCACUGCCAGAUUGCAGUCGCUUCACAUAGUUUUUUCAAAGUUUAAAAUCUCCUAUCGGAAUACUUCAUAGAAAAGAACGUAGUACCAAAUACCAAAAUCUUGAUAUUCAUAGAGUGACACAAAACGAGGAAACACUUUAAUUUAGUACGAUUGUUAUGACUUAUAUCAUAGUUGGAAAACAUUAGGUGUUACACAGUGGCUGUCUGUGUACAUUGCUGAAAAGCGCCCAAUGUAAACGCUCUAGUGAAAUAAUAAAUGUCAUUCCAAUUCUCAUCAAGAGGUACAAGAAAGAGACAACGGUCGACGAAAAAUAAAGGUAAGACUUUUCUAUAAUACACACGGGAUAUUUUCUAACGCGCGACGAUGAUUAUUUAAGCGUAAGAGUAUAUAAAAGUCACAAAAAAGCGAAGAAAAAAAAUAAUAUCGAAGCUCGGUGAAAAUCUUGCGAAGACACACUUAUAUAGAAAAUCUCAUCUCGAAAUUUCGAUCUCUCAGCUCAUUUCAAGUCUCACUCGUUGUUGCUUGGGUUUCUUUUUUUUUUAGACGUAAAGCCGGAGUAAGUGUAAACGGAUUUGCGCGCGAUACUAUCGAGCACACGACACUUAGUUUACUUCAACGUCAGUCAAUAGGUCUUGUAUCUCAUUAGUGACGCAGCGUGUUACACGUGACGUGUAACAAACACUGUGGGGAAGCAAACAAGAAUAAAAAACUUCAUAUGUAUAGUAUAUCCGUGGUAAAACAACACACACAUUUUUGGGAAUGAAGUCGGGACGGAAGAUUGGGAUGGGGGAGGAGUCGUCUGUGCAAUCGAUAUAACGUUAUUGCUUUCGGGAUAGAAAAGUGGAAGGGGAAGGGAAAGAGUAAACCCUAGCAGUGAACAAAUAUUGUUUAAAUAUUUCUUAGUACGACCGAAGAAUAUUUUUGUGACGCGACUUUAAAACAUUGAACUAGUUCUAGUUGAUGCGGUAUCAAUUAACGAGAUAUAUAUACCUUCGAGAUAUUUACAAGACGAAUUACAAAAAAAAAAAAAUAAAUAAAUAAAAAGAAAAAAGGAUAUUCGUUAGUCGCGGAGAGAUGGGAAGGAAGAUAUGACGACGUUACAACGAUUUUCAUCCCAGGAUUUUCUCGUUCAUCGAUUCGAGGAUGACGAAGUGAACGCUUCCCUCCGGAAAAUGAAAGGAGGUCGCGUUUAAAGCGUCCCCGUCGGCUAACAAAUGUUCCUUUUCUCUUUCCGAUAGAGAGAGAGAGAGAAAGAAAAAAACAUACAUAUAUCUAUUAUAAGGAUUGUUAAGACGAAAGAUAUCGAGAGGCUAUGUUAAUUAGGCGCGUUCUCUCCUUCGGCGUCGCCUCGACUUUUCUCGCGAAGAAUCCCGCCAAAAUCUCAGGCCGAGGGAAAUUAAAAGGCGGCGGAGAAAAACGCGUGACAACUUUACAAAUACUAAAGUAAGUUUCCCCCUCGCGUACAUUUCUAAAAUGAAUAACUAUGUGUUUGUAAAUAUAUGUUACAAAGUAA